AUGACCAACAAGCGACCAGCCUACAACCACUACCCAACCAACGAGACUGCCGGCCACACCUCCUCGCCAGGCUUCUCACCAGCACCCGAAACACCGAUCUCGACGACGGGAUACUACUCCCCACUGAACCCCUCCCACCCAUUGAUCCUCCCCACGAUCCCUCAGCGGAGGAAAUCCAAACCAAACACCACAGCCACUAACCCAAACAAACGUCGCAAGAGCUCCAACGUCCUCAAAGAUCAACACCAUCGCGAGGAUGGAUUCGAUCACCACCAUCAUCAUCAUCAGUACGAGGCCGGGACCAGCCCCGCUUAUCAGCAAAAUCAGGCCGAUCAACAACAUAAGGAGGACGCCGAAUUAGAGAACGAACAGGAGGAAGAAGAUAAUCGCAAAGAGCUCAAUGACGAUGAUUACACAGUCCGAAAACGCGAAGAUCUACUCAACAAGGAUAAACUCAAAAUUCUUCUGGAACAUUUUGACGCGCAACAGAUGGAUCGAUACAGCGAAUACAGGAACUCGGGUCUUGCGAAGGCUAAUGUCCGCAAACUGGCCAAUACGAUUCUACAGCAGUCAGUGACUGAUAGAGUGACGAUCGUGAUCAGAGGGUUUGCGAAAGUAUUUGUAGGCCACAUGGUUGAACAAGCAUUAGAAGUGCAGAAGAGAAGGGGCGGCUCGGGGCCGAUCACCCAGUACGACUUGAAGGAGGCCUACCGUGCCUAUCUUUCCGAACGGGAUCGCGGCGGUAGCGACCGUAGGAAGAUGUUCACCAAAUAG